UCUCGAGCCUCCAUCCAUCGGGGGAGCAUCCCCGCGAUGUCCUAUGCCCCCUUCAGAGAUGUACGGGGACCCCCUAUGCACCGAACCCAAUACGUUCAUUCCCCGUAUGAUCGUCCUGGUUGGAACCCUCGGUUCUGCAUCAUCUCGGGGAACCAGCUGCUCAUGCUGGAUGAGGAUGAGAUACACCCCCUUCUGAUCCGCGACCGGAGGAGCGAGUCCAGCCGAAACAAACUGCUGAGACGCACGGUCUCCGUGCCGGUGGAGGGGCGGCCCCACGGCGAGCAUGAAUACCACUUGGGUCGCUCGAGGAGGAAGAGUGUCCCAGGGGGGAAGCAGUACAGCAUGGAGGCCGCCCCCGCUGCGCCCUUCCGGCCCUCGCAAGGCUUCCUGAGCCGGAGGCUGAAAAGCUCUAUCAAACGUACAAAGUCACAACCCAAACUUGACCGGACCAGCAGUUUUCGACAGAUCCUGCCUCGCUUCAGAAGUGCUGACCAUGACCGGGCCCGGCUGAUGCAAAGCUUUAAGGAGUCGCACUCUCAUGAGUCCUUGCUGAGCCCUAGCAGCGCUGCUGAGGCCUUGGAGCUAAACUUGGAUGAGGACUCCAUCAUCAAGCCGGUGCACAGCUCCAUCCUGGGCCAGGAGUUCUGCUUUGAGGUAACAACAUCGUCUGGAACAAAAUGUUUCGCCUGCCGGUCUGCAGCCGAAAGGGACAAGUGGAUUGAGAACCUACAGCGGGCUGUGAAGCCCAACAAGGACAACAGCCGCCGGGUAGACAACGUGCUGAAACUAUGGAUCAUCGAGGCCCGAGAGCUACCCCCCAAGAAGCGCUAUUACUGCGAGCUGUGCCUGGACGACAUGCUGUACGCACGUACCACCUCCAAGCCCCGCUCAGCUUCGGGAGACACGGUCUUCUGGGGCGAGCACUUCGAGUUUAACAACCUGCCUGCCGUCCGGGCCCUGCGGCUGCAUCUAUACCGUGACUCAGACAAAAAGCGAAAGAAGGACAAGGCAGGCUAUGUUGGCCUGGUGACUGUACCGGUGGCCACCCUGGCUGGGCGCCACUUCACAGAGCAGUGGUACCCUGUGACCUUGCCGACAGGCAGUGGGGGCUCUGGGGGCAUGGGCUCGGGAGGAGGUGGGGGCUCAGGGGGCGGCUCAGGGGGCAAGGGGAAAGGAGGCUGCCCUGCUGUGAGGCUGAAAGCCCGUUACCAGACAAUGAGCAUCCUGCCCAUGGAGCUGUACAAGGAGUUUGCAGAGUAUGUCACCAACCAUUACCGGAUGCUGUGUGCAGUGCUGGAGCCUGCCCUGAACGUCAAGGGCAAGGAGGAGGUUGCCAGUGCGCUGGUUCACAUACUGCAGAGCACAGGCAAGGCCAAGGACUUCCUUUCAGACAUGGCCAUGUCAGAGGUAGACCGGUUCAUGGAGCGGGAACACCUCAUAUUCCGCGAGAACACGCUCGCCACUAAAGCCAUAGAGGAGUAUAUGAGACUGAUUGGCCAGAAGUACCUCAAGGAUGCCAUUGGGGAGUUCAUCCGUGCUCUGUACGAAUCUGAGGAGAACUGUGAAGUGGACCCCAUCAAGUGCACCGCGUCCAGUCUGGCAGAGCACCAGGCCAACCUGCGGAUGUGCUGUGAGUUGGCCCUGUGCAAGGUGGUCAACUCCCAUUGCGUGUUCCCGAGGGAGCUGAAGGAGGUGUUUGCAUCUUGGCGGCUGCGCUGCGCAGAGCGGGGCCGGGAGGACAUUGCUGACAGGCUGAUCAGCGCCUCGCUCUUCCUGCGCUUCCUCUGCCCAGCCAUUAUGUCGCCCAGUCUAUUUGGGCUUAUGCAGGAGUACCCAGAUGAGCAGACCUCACGAACCCUCACCCUCAUCGCCAAGGUCAUCCAGAACCUGGCCAACUUUUCCAAGUUUACCUCAAAGGAGGACUUCCUGGGCUUCAUGAAUGAGUUUCUGGAGCUGGAGUGGGGUUCCAUGCAGCAGUUCUUGUACGAGAUCUCUAACCUGGACACACUGACCAACAGCAGCAGUUUUGAGGGCUACAUAGACUUGGGCCGAGAGCUCUCCACACUUCAUGCCCUGCUCUGGGAGGUGCUGCCCCAGCUCAGCAAGGAAGCCCUCCUGAAGCUGGGCCCACUGCCCCGGCUCCUCAAUGACAUCAGCACAGCCCUGAGGAACCCCAACAUCCAAAGGCAGCCAAGCCGCCAGAGUGAACGGACUCGGCCUCAGCCCGUGGUGCUGCGAGGGCCAUCAGCCGAGAUGCAGGGCUACAUGAUGCGGGAUCUCAAUAGCUCCAUCGACCUUCAGUCCUUCAUGGCUCGAGGCCUCAACAGCUCUAUGGACAUGGCUCGCCUCCCCUCCCCAACCAAGGAAAAGCCACCACCGCCGCCACCCGGUGGGGGUAAAGACCUGUUUUAUGUGAGCCGGCCGCCGCUGGCCCGUUCAUCCCCAGCAUACUGCACAAGCAGCUCGGACAUCACAGAGCCGGAGCAGAAGAUGCUGAGUGUCAACAAGAGUGUGUCCAUGCUGGACCUGCAGGGUGACGGGCCCGGGGGCCGCCUUAACAGUAGUAGUGUUUCCAACCUGGCAGCCGUUGGGGACUUGUUGCACUCAAGCCAGGCCUCACUGACAGCAGCCUUGGGGUUGCGGCCUGCACCUGCCGGGCGCCUCUCCCAAGGCAGUGGCUCGUCCAUCACAGCAGCUGGCAUGCGCCUCAGCCAGAUGGGCGUCACCACGGAUGGUGUCCCUGCCCAGCAACUGCGCAUCCCCCUUUCCUUCCAGAACCCUCUCUUCCACAUGGCUGCUGAUGGGCCAGGGCCCCCAGGGGGCCACGGAGGGAGCAGUGGUCAUGGUCCACCUUCCUCCCAUCACCACCACCACCACCAUCACCACCACCGAGGCGGAGAGCCCCCAGGGGACACUUUUGCCCCAUUCCAUGGCUAUAGCAAGAGCGAGGACCUCUCUUCAGGGGUCCCUAAGCCCCCUGCCGCCUCCAUCCUUCACAGCCACAGCUACAGUGAUGAGUUUGGACCCUCUGGUACUGAUUUUACCCGUCGGCAGCUCUCACUUCAGGACAACCUACAGCACAUGCUAUCCCCUCCCCAGAUCACCAUCGGUCCCCAGAGGCCAGCUCCCUCAGGGCCCGGAGGUGGGAGUGGUGGGGGCAGCAGUGGGGGUGGGGGGGGCCAGCCGCCUCCCUUACAGAGGGGCAAGUCUCAACAGUUGACAGUGAGCGCUGCCCAGAAACCCCGGCCAUCCAGCGGGAACCUAUUGCAGUCCCCGGAGCCAAGUUAUGGUCCUGCCCGUCCACGGCAACAGAGCCUCAGCAAAGAGGGCAGCAUUGGGGGCAGCGGGGGCAGCGGUGGCGGAGGGGGUGGGGGGCUCAAGCCCUCCAUCACCAAGCAGCAUUCCCAGACUCCAUCCACACUGAACCCCACAAUGCCGGCCUCAGAGCGGACUGUGGCCUGGGUCUCCAAUAUGCCUCACCUGUCGGCCGACAUUUAGAGCGCUCACAUCGAGAGGGAAGAGUACAAGCUCAAGGAGUACUCAAAAUCGAUGGACGAGAGCCGGCUGGACAGGGAGUACGAGGAGGAGAUACACUCGCUGAAGGAGAGGCUACACAUGUCCAACCGGAAGCUGGAA